GAAAAAACAGCGUGCGUCUCUAUCCGCGACAUGAGGUUUACGUUAAUUGGCUUUCAGUGUACACAAACUUUUUGUCACGACUUUCAAUUGUCGGUUGUUUUCUCGUAACGCGUCAUUGCUGAUCUUUAUCAGAAAACCUCUAAAGUAUGUAAUAUAGCGACUCUUUGAUUCCAAACCAAGUAUCCACUGCACUCAUUUCUGGUUUCCACUGUAUCAAUCCCGUACGAAAUUUCUUUGUGUAAACAAAAUGAAAAUGAAAGAUUGCAAGACUUACUGAAUGUUAUCCCCAUCGGAAUUCAUUCUCUCAACAUAAAAACAAAAAAUAAAUCCUUUUGGCGAGCGACAACGACAAGCACGACCAACACGCACCAUGGCUGCAGUGAACAAGCGUAUGCGCUCGGUAGAGAGCAAUACCCAGGAUCCGGACGAGCUGCCUUCGCUUGGCGGUUUCGAUUCACGGAGUCUUACAUUUCAUGUUGAUCCUCCUUCCGACGACGAAGCUCUGUCCGAGGCCCGAAAGCUCGACAAGGACGAGGAAACGAAAGAGCCCGAGAAUCCUUUACUUAGAAUCCUUUUUCCGAAACCGGCCGUCGAAAUCGACAAGCCUUUGCCGCUAUCGGCCGUGGUUUCGGUCGCGACCAAGACUCUAGCAGCGAAAUUAAAGCGUCCAUGCUGCAACUACAUGAUUGCCGGAAGCUACCCCAGCGCACUGGCGGUGUUUGAGGCUUCGCAGGGCAAAACAUAUCCAACAAAAAAAGUCCGUCGCGGUCACGCAUGCGCGUUUUUGCAAUGCGAAGCUCAAACUCUUGUCUGUCGUCCGUACUAAAAAUCAAAAUGCAUCACAGUCAAGUUUGAGAUGCGAACUCCCUUUUGUUUGUGCAAUAUAAGAAAACAAGAAAGAGCUGUGACAGAACUUUGUUAUGCAAAACUUGCCGAGUGGUGACCUUGGCGAACUUUUUUCUUUUCAUACAACCAAACUCCCCUACAACGAUGUAGAUAUUUUUUUUUGCUCCGACGCGAAGGACGUACUCGCAGAGCUGGAAACGGACCGCGUCUGGCGUCAUCGGCUGCUGAAGGUCACGAGCGAGGAGGUUAUGAUAGGCGGCAAAUUGAUAGAGUUGAACUUCAUCAACACCAACCACGCCGAGAUAGAACGGCUGAUCCAGGGCUUCGACAUCAACUGCAUCCGAAUCGGGUACGACAUUGCGUUCAAAUGGGUGCCGUGCUAUACGAGCAACCCGAAUGAUGAUGGUGCGAGCCCUGUCGUGACCUGGUCCGCCCAAGCGGAGGCGCCGCGCAAAUACACUACUCCGGAUUUUGAUACGUGGUGCAAGAGCAUGGCCAAGCUCGCCUUGUUGCCGGCGCCCGGGACUGACUGCAACCUUGCUGUGGCUUGUGAACGCGGUGAAGCCUACGAGGGAACAAAAUUGCAGCUGGCACCGUUUGAAACUAUGGAGGGGAAUCCCGCGAGCGCUGUUUUGAGAAUUUUGCGGAAAAGUCGCCAACUAGGGCUAGGCUACAGCCUCCCAAAACCGGAUGUGGUGGCAAGAGGGCUCCACCAAAGGUGUAUAGCAGAAAAAAAUCGGAAAAUCAUCCUGGGCUUGGACGAUGCUGCGCGCCAUUUUUUCCGCAGUCACUUCACCACCGAACGGAUUGAAAACUGGAUCCCGAAAAAGCAGCGACUUGGGUGGAAAAGUAUGGACUAUCCUUUUUUCUUGCGGUUGGUGGAAGGGUUGAGUCCAUCGCAAUUUCGGAAGAGAUUCCGGGAAGAGCGGGUCAUCGUGUGGCAGCUGGAGACGACCGAUCACGGACUGGGACAGCAGUUGAUGCAUGAAAAAGUGGAUGCGCUCGACCAGAAAGACGAGAACUACGAACAGAAAAAGGCGAUGCUUUUGUCUGCAGGCAAGCGGCGCGCUUGGCAGGAUAAUUAUACCGCUGCGGUGGGCCUGUGUGGCGAACAGUUGCGCCGUGAACAGUUUGUGGCGGAGUGGACCGUAAAGCACGCGUGGUAUUGUUCCGACGAGCUGCUGGACCAGGUGAGAGCUUCGCUAACGAGUGGCGAGAAAAUGAGGCUGGACUACGAACUUGUUGCAACCGCUCUGCGCUUGCAGAAGUUGACAGUGUCCCCUUUCGAGGUAGUUGGGAUCGAUAAGACAUUGAAUUCCUACGAACUUGUUGCAACCGCUCUGCGCUUGCAGAAGUCGACAGUGUCCCCUUUCGAGGUAGUUGGGAUCGAUAACACAUUGAAUUCCUACAUCUCCAUGUAAGUACUCAGAUUCAACACAGUGCUGCAAAAAUUGAGUGUGGGGCUUGCUGGCGACUUGUUUUCUGAAACUUUUUUGAAACAAAAACGGAACUCUACCACCUCGAGAAGAUACAUUACUUCGCUCCCACUCUCAGAAACUUGUGAGCUAGCACCGGAUCCUUUUUUUCGCUUUUGAUCUUUCACUUUUUUUGACGUUCUGUUUGGCUUUUCAAAAUGCCGCACCGCUUCUGAAGAAAACAAAUAGAAUCUCUC